GCGCGCGAGUCGAUGCUCAGUUCCGCCGCCGCCGCAGCUGUAGUUGUCGUGUUCCUCGACUUGACGUCGUACUACGACCGUAAUCACUUGUGCGCGUUCGAGAUCCGGUCCGCGGGCAGGAGGGGUAACGGGGUCGCCGCCGCCGCAGUAGUCGUCUGCAGCUCUGUCGUCAUCGCUCUCUCGCUCGUCGUUAUCAUGCGCCGCCGCUGUGCGAUCGUCGUUGCUGCCACCACUGCCACUGCUCGGACGACGACGACGACGGAUUCCUGAUCGAUUCGUCAUCGCCGCAGCCGUUGGCUUUUUGGCCCGCGAAAAAAAAAAAACGUUUACUUUUUUAUUAUUUUCACACGUCGUCCGCCGAGCGCGCCCGCACAAACGCGCACGCAGUGCCUGCCAACGCGUCGCCGCCGCCGUCGCCCGUAACGCCGUCAGCACACCCUGCCCGAUCGGGUAGCAGUCCGCCGCGCCGGACGAGGACUUCACGAUGGCGACGCUAUCGCUGAGGAUAUCCAUCGUCGAACGAGAUGUCACCAAAACGAUGCAAUUCGAUCCCACCAUAUCGGUGUACAACGCGUGCCGACUGAUCAGAGAAAAGAUAUCCGAGGCCAAUCUAGAUCAACCAAAAGAUUAUGGAUUGUUUCUCGCUGACGAAGAUAUAAAGAAAGGAGUUUGGUUGGAACCUGGACGUAAUUUAGAAUAUUAUAUCCUGAGAAAUGGGGACCUGUUGGAAUAUCGAAAAAAGAUGAGAACGUUAAAAGUACACAUGCUUGAUGGAACAUUAAAAACCCUUCUUGUUGAUGACAGUCAACCAGUAGCAAAUCUAAUGGUUGUUAUUUGCACAAAAAUUGGAAUCACCAACCAUGAUGAAUAUAGUCUUGUGAGAGAAACUCUAGAAGAAGAAGUUGAGAAUAAAGCUAAUUUUGGAACAUUGACUUUAAAAAGACGAAAAGAAGACCGAGAACGUGAAAAAGAUGCUAAAAUGGAACAAUUGAGAAAAAAAUUAAAAACAGAUGAUGAAGUCAACUGGGUUGAUCCAUCUAAAACUCUAAGAGAACAAGGCAUUGAUGAGGGUGAACCUGUAUUGUUAAGGAGAAAAUUUUUCUUUUCUGAUGGUAACAUUGAUUCCCAUGAUCCAGUACAAUUAAAUUUAUUAUAUGUUCAGGCUAGAGACGCAAUUUUAGAUGGAACACACCCAGUAACAGAAGAACUUGCUUUACAACUUGCUGGUAUUCAAACACAUAUCCAAUUUGGAAAUUACUGUGAAACCAAGCACCGUCCUCCAUUUUUAGAUUUGAAGGAAUUUUUACCUCAAUCUUACACAAAAAUAAAAGGUAUAGAAAAGAAAAUAUUUUCUGAGCACAAAAAUCAUAUUGGUUUAUCUGAAUUGGAUGCAAAAGUUCUUUAUACAAAAACUGCAAGAUCAUUACCUACCUAUGGAGUAACAUUUUUCUUAGUUAAAGAGAAAAUGAAAGGAAAAAAUAAACUAGUUCCUCGUCUUUUGGGAGUGACAAAGGAUUCAGUUUUACGUUUAGAUGAAAGAACCAAAGAGAUAUUAAAAACUUGGCCUUUAACAACAGUAAGGAGAUGGGGAGCCUCUCCAAAUACAUUCACAUUAGACUUUGGGGAUUAUUCUGAUCAAUAUUAUUCUGUACAAACUACGGAAGCUGAACAAAUACUUCAAUUAAUUUCUGGUUAUAUCGACAUUAUCCUGAAAAAAAAAAAGUCUAAAGAUCAUUUUGGUAUUGAAGGAGAUGAAGGUUCAACUAUGGUAGAAGAUAGCAUUUCACCACUUAAGGCUACAAUUUUACAACAUGAAAGUAGUCAGUUUGGAAAAGUAAAUACUGAAUCAGUGGCAAAGCCUGCAGUAAUGCGAGCUGGGGCUGAAGGUGCUCGUCCCUAUGGAAUGGGACACGUGGGAAAUGCUCAGUAUACAACAGUCAGUGGACGAAUAAAUGUAUCCCAUACACCAUCAGUGGGACCACAAAAUAAACAAAUUAAGGUACUGAGUGCUCCACAAAAAGCAUUGUGUAUGACAAUAUCAAAUAGUCAAGAAAUUAUAACUACUAUUGAAAAAGAGUUGAUAUCAAAAGCCGUUAUUCCUGAGUUUGGUAACGAUGCAGCUUCAACUAAACUGAAAGAAACUACAAUAGACUCUAAUAAACAAAAUAUCAGUUCCCAGAUUGCAGCCAUGAAUGCUGCUACAGCUCAAGUAGUCACUUUGACUUCAGGAGAUAUUGACUAUUCUAGCGUUGAACAAGCUAUUACAUCUAUUACUACCAAUUUACCAGAAAUGAGUCAGGGUGUUCGUGUUUUGGCUGCUUUAACCCCUUCUGGUGAUCAUUUGUUAGAUGCAGCCCGUAAAUUAUGUUCUGCUUUUACUGACCUUUUGAAAGCUGUCCAACCUGAUUCAAAUACUGGACGCCAAAAUCUACUGAAUGCUGCUAGUAAAGUCGGUGAAGCUUCUCAACAAGUAUUGACACAGAUUGGUGAUGAUGGAGCUGAUGAAUCUCGUGAUAUUUUAUUAAGCUUGGCUAAGGCAGUAGCUAAUACAACAGCUGCUCUUGUUGUUAAAGCCAAAAAUGUCGCAGCAACUGUUGAACCACAACAUCAGUCAAAUGUUAUUAGUGCUGCAACUACGUGUGCACUUACAACUUCACAGCUAGUAGCUUGUACAAAAGUUGUUGCUGGUACUGUGGAAAAUCCAAGUUGCAAAGAACAGUUGAUGGCAGCUGCUAGAGAAGUGGUUAAUGCGGUAGAAGACCUAGUUUCGGUGUGUAAUUUAACUCAACAUGAAAAUAAUAAACAUUUAUUACAAGAACUUUCGGAUGCAGCGUAUCAAGUUACUACUACAUUAAAUCAAUUACUCAAUAGACUUACAAGCGCAUCUAGAGCUGUUGGCGAAAGUUUGAGUAAUUUGGUAGACGUGUGCACAUCUCCUGUCUCAAAAGAAAAGAGAUUCAACACUGAAAAAACUUUUCAAGUUCAAGAGUAUUCAAAUUCAUCCAACGACACUGGCUUUAUUGACCAAACCAAUUCAUCGAUUAAUAAUAGUGAUAAUUUGUUAGAUAUUUCAACGUUGACUAAACGCUAUGAUUAUAACCAUGACACACAGAUAAAUAAUCAAAAUUAUGGAUAUCACAAGUCGACACAUGAUUACCAGCUGCAGAACACAAUGACAGAAAUUGAAAAGCAACAAAUAUUACACAAAUUAUCAACUACUGGAACUCGCGGUACUCAAGCUUGUGUUAAUGCAGCUAGUACAGUAUCUGGUAUUAUUGGGGAUCUAGAUACAACAAUACUUUUUGCUACAGCUGGAACUCUCCACGCUGAAAAUGAAAAUGAAACUUUUUCUGAUCACCGAGAGAAUAUUUUAAAAACUGCUAAGGCAUUAGUAGAAGAUACUAAAACUUUGGUUACUGGUGCGGCUUCCUCACAGGAACAACUAGCAGUUGCUGCUCAGAAUGCUGUUUCUACUAUAAUACAAUUGGCUGACGUAGUAAAGUUUGGUGCAGCAUCUUUGGGAGCUAACAACCCUGAAGCUCAAGUUAUGUUAAUCAAUGCUGUAAAAGAUGUGGCCACCGCAUUAGGGGAUCUAAUUCAAGCAACAAAAGCUGCUUCUGGUAAAAAUAUCAACGACCCAUCAAUGAAUGAACUAAAAGAAAGUGCUAAAGUAAUGGUGACGAAUGUAACUUCGCUUUUAAAAACUGUAAAGGCUGUAGAAGACGAACACACACGUGGAACGAGAGCUCUUGAAUCUACUAUUGAAGUUAUUGGCCAAGAAAUUCGGGCUUUAAAUUCGACUGAAACAUUCAAAUCAACAGCUACUGUUGAAGAGUUGAUACGUUGUACAAAACCAAUUACAAUGGCAACAGCAAAAGCUGUUUCGGCUGGUAACAGUGGUAAACAAGAAGAUGUCAUUGUUGCCGCAAACAUGGGACGUAAAGCCAUAUCGGAUUUAUUGACUGUUUGCAGGGGAUGCAGUAAUACUAUUGAAAAUGCUGAUUUGAAAGAAAGAACAUUACAAGCUGGGCAUAAUAUUUCCCAAGAAUACAGAAAGUUGUUACAGACUGUAUUAUUUAUAAUUUCUAAACCAAAUUCAAGUUCUGAUUCUAAGCACAUGUUACAAACAAUUUCCCGUAUGAUUGCACAAUAUGUUACUGAAUUGAUAUCUGUAACCGAAACCAUCAAAGGUAAUGAUUGGGUCAGUCCUGAAGAUCCUACUAUAAUUGCGGAAAACGAACUAUUGGGUGCUGCAGAAUCUAUUGAUGCUGCUGCCAAAAAACUUGCGAGUUUACGCCCCAGAAAAUCUGUCAAUGUGGAAGCUGCAGAUGCUUCAUGGAACUUUGAUGAAGUGAUUUUGGAAGCAGCUAAAUCCAUUGCUGCUGCCACAUCAGCACUAGUGAAAGCAGCAUCAGCUGCACAACGUGAACUAAUUGAUUCUGGAAAAGUCAGUCGCAGACCUCUAACCAGUUCAGACGAUGGCCAAUGGUCAGAAGGCCUGAUAUCAGCUUCCCGUUUAGUGGCUGCUGCCACUCAUAGUCUAGUAGAAUCAGCAAAUGCAUUAGUGCAAGGGAUAUCUAGUGAAGAAAAGCUGAUUUCAUCUGCAAAACAAGUGGCUUCGUCGACUGCACAGUUGCUAGUGUCGUGCAAGGUUAAAGCCGAUCCUGAUAGUGCUUCCACAAAAAGAUUAUUGGCGGCUGGAAACGCUGUAAAACGUGCGACAGAUAACCUGGUUAAAGCAGCCCAACAGGCCAUUCAAAAUGACGAAGAACGAAGUCUAGUUCUUAGCAAACGAAUGGUGGGAGGAAUCGCUCAAGAAAUCAAUGCCAGAUCAGAAGUAUUGAGGAUCGAACGUGAGUUAGAGGAAGCCCGUCAACGGUUGGUUGUUAUAAGGCAAGCCAAAUACAAAGCUAAAGGCGAUGACUCGAGUCCUACAGAAUUGUUAGAAAACGAUUCGUCAUUUGAACAUCAGUUAAAUGGCAGCAGAACCUCCACUGAUAACUACGCCAACAGUAGUUUGGACGAAAAUGGAGACAACAUUCAGGCAAAUGCCUACAACGUGUACAAGCUCCUCAAUAAUUCGAAUGAUCAAACUAGUCUGAACACUUUUAAUGAAACGUUCCACUCAGGCACGAAUAAAUUGUAUAAUUACAAUUCAGCAGGCUUGAGCCCCAAAAAUGUGUUUAACAAAUCCUCUUCGUUGACCACAAAGAACAAUACAGUAAAGUAUAAUUGUUCAUCCACUAUCAGCAACAAUACAACAACGACGACCAAAUCAUAUACUGUCAACGAAUGAAAGCAUUAGAGUUAUUGUCACUAUCUUGCAGUCACAUCUAUCCGUGUAUAAUCUUUUGCUUUUAAAAUGUUUUGCUCUCCUUCACCUUACACAUAUGCACUUAUUAAUUUACGCAAACACAUAAAAAACUAAUUGUCCAGAGCCAAUAAUGCAAAUUUUAUUAUAUUUAUAUAAAGGAGCACUAACAGCCUUGUUUGUAAUUGAUUUAAUUUAUUAUUAUCUAAACAAUUUUAUUUUGUAACUUAAUGAGACAUCAGAAUAUGCACAAAAUGUUUAAACUCGUUUUAUUUUAUAACGUAUUCGGUGAAAUUAUUCAUAAUGGUAUCUUAUUUUUAACAUGUUAGUUCCUAACAAAUAUAUUAUUAUAAAUUUUUUUAUUUGAAAAUUUUAUUGACACAAAGUAUUUGUAGUAACGAAUCAAAAUAAUAAUAAUAAUAAUUAUAAUCAUUACUUAAUAUAAUAUAUGUGUGUGUGUGUAUCACAGUUAGAACAAUAAUAAUCUCACUUUCUAAAAUAAAAUUCUAGUCAAUUAAAUCAUUCGAUUAGUAAUUAUUAUAAGUUUUACUAUUUUAUCUCAGUAUAAACAUAUCAUUAUAUUUCUGAAAUUCAAACUAGUUAGUUUUUAAAAAUCAAUCUACGUAAAAAAUUAAUAACCAUGCUUAUGUACCUUUAGAUAAUCGCUAACUUGGAGAGAGGUGUUUGUGCUAACUUUUUAUAUAAAUAAAAUAUAUAAUUAAUACCCCAAUAGCAUUAUCAAAUUGUAAAUAUUAUCCUAUAAGUAUUUACAACAACAAAAACAUCGAAUUUUAACGCUCUGUAGACAUAAAUAGUAUUAUGAUAAAUUUAUAGAAGAUAAUAUAUAUUUGUUAAUUAAGGGCUGUCUUUACUAAUUAAAGUUUUAACAAAACCAACCACAAUACUUCAUGAAAUACAUUUAAUUUGUUAUAGUUAUUGAUGUAAUUAAUUUAAAUAUAUUGAUAAAACUUUAUUCUUUAAUUUCACAACUUAAUUAUUAAUAGUUUAAUACAUGAUAUGACUAUAUCAUGAUUUUUUUUUUUUUAUAUAAAAUUAGUUAAUCUAUUUUGAACAAAUGUGAUGUGUUUAAGUAAAUUAUAUCUAAUUUAAAUCUUCUGUUCCAAUAAUACUUAAAAGGUUAAUCGUGGUAACUAUUCAUUUUUUGCUUAGUUAUGAAAUUUUAGUUAAUUUUUUUUUCAACUGAUUUUUAAUAAUAUAUGCAGAGCACUAUGAAAUAUGUGUCCUCACAUACCUUUUCAUAUCACAACUUCCCAAUAAUAAUGGUUGUAUUAAGAAUUAAGAUUGUUGGGAAACUUUGUUGGUUAUGUUAAUAGAGUUAGUAGAGACACCUAAUAAAAUGUUUCUACUCAAUACUGUUAAAACUAUAAAUUAUUGUUCAUUUUUUUUUUUUUUUAUGUAAAUUUAGAUUGAUUGAAAUAUUUAAUAUUUGUUUCAUACCAAAUAUGAAUUAUAUUUAUUUUUGUAUUUUAUUUUAACGAAUUAAAUAUAUUUUUACUAUUAAAAUUUAAAAUGUUGACUGCCUCUUAAAUCUAUAGUUAAUGCACGACAAAACGUUGAAUAAUCAUUAUAAUGACAAUUUGGUUUUUUAUUAUAUUUUAUGUUAAGUAAUAAUGCUAUAAUCAAAUUGUCACAUUAAACAAUGUUUUAUCACCGUGCAACAUAUUUUGCCAUUUAACUGUGCCGUAGUAAAGUAAAUUUUUAGUAUUUUUUUUUUUUUUUUGCAUAAAUCAUUGUAAUGGCAUAAUAUAUGAACAUUUUUUUUUAUAUAACUUAAGUGUUUAUAAUAAUAUAUUUAUUUUUUCAAUGACUAGCUAACUGUUUUAUUGGUUAACAUUAACUUUUAUAGUACUUACCUUACUAAUUAAAAUUUUAUAUAAAGGAGUGUAAUUAUAUUUAUUUACUUAUUUAUUUACUAUUAAUUAUUACAAUUAUAAUUUUUUUCAUUGUGAAUAUUAACAUUGUUAUUAAUUAUUUAUUAUACACAUAUAUAUAUAUAAUAUACAAUAUGUGUAUAAUAAUAUAUUAUAUAAAAAUAAAUGUAUGUAUUUUGAUUUAACUUAAAACAAAAGCUUAAUGUUUACCGAAGAACGGAUUCAUUGUUAUCAUAUUAUAUUCUCACAGAUUAGAGAAUGUAAGAAUAAUAAGAAUGAUUACUGUAAUAUUGUUUAUACUAGGUAAAACACACAUAAUUUAUAUGCACAAUAACGAUAAAUGUUUUGAUUUCAUUGUAUCAUUAUUAUAUUAAUUAUUAAAAAAAAAAACUGUACUGACAGUCUGUACAAA